UUACUUUUCUCAAGAAAAUCCUGAAGCUUUCUUUCAUCUUCUCACCACCAAAAUGGAUACCAAUUUUGAAGCUUUGCCCCCUUUGAAAAGAUUCCGGCUUAUGCAACAACGAGAAGAGCAGCAAAAUCAAGAACCAACGUUCUUUCUUCCGGCCAAGAAGAGAAAAUUAUCCCAAUUUCAAUGUGAACCUGAGAUACCUGUUUCGACAACAACGUAUUGUUUGCCAGCUAAGAAAAGGGUGUGGGCUCUUCAACCGGAUUUAGUAUCCGAUUCGCCUUCAUUGAGUCUUGAUCUUAAUGUUGAGUGGAAGCCGUGUUUCAAUGAAAAAGCUGAAACAAAAGAAGAGUCCAACUCUAAUCUUGAAAGCAAAGGUUCAGAAGAUGAAGAGGUUGUUUGUGCAGAACAAGACGAUGACGAUGGGAUAGUGUGUGCAAUAUGUCAAAGCACAGAUGGGGAUUCAAAAGAUCCCAUUGUGUUAUGUGAUGGAUGCGAUUUGAUGGUGCACACCACUUGUUAUGGCAAUCCUCUGGUGAAAAAUAUCCCGGAAGGCGAUUGGUUUUGUGCUCAAUGUUUGGCAAGUAAAGUGAAAAGUUCUCAAUUUUCUUGCUGUUUGUGUCCGGUGAAGGAUGGUGCCAUAAAGCCAACUAAUGAUGGCUCGUGGGCGCAUGUCGUGUGCGCGGUGUUGGUUCCCGAAGUUUUCUUCGAGGAUCCAGAGGGAAGAGAAGGGAUUGAUUGUUCUAAAGUGCCAAAGGCAAGGGAGGAGAAGAAAUGUUACGUUUGUAGGAGUAAAAGAGGAUGUGCAAUUGAGUGUUCUGAGCCGAAGUGUCCUCUGUGGUUCCAUGUCACUUGUGGAUUGAAGGAAGAUCUUUGUAUUGAGUAUAAGGAAGGGAAGAAAGGAGGUGUUGUUGCCGGGUUCUGCAAAGACCAUACCGAGCUAUGGAAGAAGCAACAACAAACAGGAAAAUUCAAGAUUGUGGCAAGAAAUGAGUAGCUUGAAACACAGAAGGGGGUUUGUUCCUGUAUCAAAAUUGCAGAUUCUGACUGUUAACAUUUAUAUGAUGGUUUUGCUUAAAGUUUAGGUCUGAUAGCUUAGAAGUUUAUUUAAUUUAUCGUUAUUUGAUAUGAAAGUUCUGCCGAUUCUAUGUUCUUGUUGAGUAAAAUUUAGUGGCUGUU